UGUCACGAGGUAAAACUAACCCGGAAGAGGACCGUAUAGGGCGAAGGCGGCAUUUCACCCAGAAGUUGGCGUAAUUGUUCUGUUUUUGUUCAGCGUUUUCUCGUCUUAAAUAAAUUAUGUGCUGAGCAAAGCUGUAAGUGUUCUCCGAUGUUCCGAGUUUUAAAAAACGUCAGAAACCUGUCGACCGCUGCAAUGACACAAACGGAACUCUCUCUACCAGUUCCCUGGGGAGAAAUCAGAGGUAAAAUUUGGGGUCCUGAUGAUGGCCGUCCUGUGUUGUGCCUGCAUGGCUGGGCUGACAACUGUGGCACCUUCAACACUCUUAUUCCACUUCUACCCAAAGAGUGCCAAUACGUGGCGGUGGACCUGGCAGGUCACGGUCAGUCCUCACAUCGUCCUCCUGGGGUCUUUUACGCCUUUUCUUCUUAUGUGGCUGAUAUUCGCAGAGUUGUAGAUGCUCUCCGCUGGAGCAGAUUCUCCAUCCUGGGCCACAGUAUGGGUGGUAAUAUCGCUGGGAUGUUUAGUGCUCUUUUUCCUGAGAUGGUGGAAGCUGUCGUGUUGUUGGACUCUUAUGGAUUCCUACCUACAGAUCCGAAAGAAUUGUCGACAGUGAUGCGGAAAGGGAUGGAAGAUAUGCUUCAGUUUGAAAAGAAUCCUGAAAAGAGCGAGAGAGUUUACACCUAUGAGAAAGCAGUUGAGAGAUUGUUAGCUGCAAACCCGAUGUUGUCUGAGGCAUCUGUCUGCACCCUUUUAGAACGUGGUCUUGUUCAAGUUGAAGGAGGAUUUGUAUUUUCGCGUGACUUCCGUAUUAAUCUGAAAAACAUAGCUCGCAUCAGCUUGGAGCAGAGUCUGGAGCUGCAGUCGAAGAUACAAGCCUCAGUUCUGGUGGUCCUAGCGGAUGAAGGCUUUGAGAAAAUAUUUGCAGAAGCAGAUCAAAAGAAAUAUACAUCAGUGCUUCUGCAGGGCUUUAGAUACCAAAAUCACUCUGUGGUGACAGUACACGGAGGCCAUCACGUACAUCUGAAUAACCCCGAAGUUGUCGCUCCGUUGGUGUCUGAAUUCCUCCACAACAAAGUCUUGUCGUCCCCAGUCAGAGCAGACGAACUCUCUCCUAAGCUGUAGGAAGAACACAUUACACUGCUUAUUUCAACAUUUGUUAAUAAGGUGGACCUUACUUCUCAUCUACUAGUUGCAUGUUACUUGCUUGACUUGAAUUUUUAACUGUUUAAUAAAUUUGAA